UGUACGCUGCGCCCUGUCGGAUGAAGAUGUUCAGGAUGAAGCGGCUAGCAUACAUAUUUGACCACGGUCGGAUGAUGGCUGUGCUGAAGCCAAUGUCACAUGUCGUGCUGUGUACAGUGAAUCGGAUUAUAGACUUCGGUGCCUCAAUCAGGGCCGUCCAAAAGAUAAUAGAAAAAUUCUGUCUCACUUUCGACACGUGCGUACCCACCGGGAAACUCUCCAGCAACAAAGGCACCAAUCCUGAAGUGGUAUGCUUGAAGGAGCACAUCCUACAAGAAUUUCUGAAGGAGGACGGAUCAAUGAACGUCACAUUAUUCGAUUUCAUAUUCAAUUGCCUCGUGCAUCCGCUCCUACCGCUACAGAAGCAGCAUAUCUGGUCCGUGAUUCAUUGGUUGCUUCAAAUGACCAACAUGUAGACCCCAAACGAGCUCGUCUGAUAUAACUGUAACUCUCUGAUGAUCGAACUAUCAUGCAAGUUUAUACUUAAGUCCCGCAAACUAUGCAUCUAUGGAACAGUUAGAGAUAACCGGUUUCUAGGGCAUUCUCGAGUUGUGAAACAUGGAAAGGACAGACAUGAAGAUGUCUUUUUGUGUGAAAUUUUGUUAAUAUUUUUUAAAAGCAAAAUGUUAAAUGCUUAGAGAAGUUAAGACACUGCUUCAUGAGACUGUUGAAAAACGGUCCUUAGUUAAGCCAGCGUUCAUGAAUAGACACCAUUACUACGACUCAAGUAACUUUGUAUAGUAGAUUACAGUAGGAUCUAGUCUCUACAUUAACAGAAUCAGUCAGCAAGUUUUAUUACAAAUAAUAUAAAAAAACAUUGAUUCUACUAUCAGGCUGUACAAAAGUGUGGUCGGUGAUAUCGCUGCUUUUUGCUAACGAAUGUAAGGAUCAUAUCACGAUGACAAACUAACGCAGGAUAAUUAGUUAUAGUACCAUCUUAAAAUGUCUUACAGUAUCUUUAUUUGAGAAAAAAAUAAAUCAAAUGGUAUUUCAGGUUUACUUAAUGUUUUUCUGUCUGAGUUUUAUUCCACGUUUAGCACGCGUCCCAUGUCGCUCAGCAUCGCUCUAUAUCUAUAGAUAUUCAACUAUGAGCUGCCGAUUAGUGCAAUAGUAAGUGUAACGGGCAUUUACGAAGACUCAUACAUUCCCAUCCGCUACACGUUUCAUCCGUAUUUUGUCAAUAAAGAAUAUUUUUCUAUUAUCUGUUUUAGCUUUCCUUAUCAUGCGAUUACUUAUAACGAUUUCAUUACCCUAGUUGUUGCUGUUAAAGUAUCAAUUCAGUUGGGAAACUCAGAUAGAUAGACACACUUCCGUUUUUUCUAAACUUUACCGGAAAGGUGAUUAAUGAUUUAAAAGCAAAUGCGUUAAUUCUCUUCUCUCAUACGAAAAUAUCAUGCUACACCCCCGUCACCAGAUGCCUUGACUUGUCCGUAUGGAAUUGACUAUCCUGGCAGUUAGCUACGGAUUGAGGUAACGACGAGGGGUCGGACGUUGGUGAAGGGAAAAGCAAAUAUCUUGAAAUGAAAAGACAAUCCGCAUGCUUUAGUGUAAUUUCUUUCUCCAUAGCCUCCCACGGAGGCUCCGCGUAAUAUAUCUCUGCUUUUGCUAGUAGCUUUUGCGUGCAAAACAAGAGCACUCCGACCGGCGAGGGUCAUCGACUUCGCACGUCCGAGCGAUCUGGACAGUAGAAGGCUUCGUGUAAGGGGAAUUAGAAGGCCUAGUUGGGUGACUAGCGCUGCGUUGAGAAAAAUAGAAGAAAGCACACGAAGGAUCAUAGGGCCAGAACCAGGUGCAGUAGCAACCACCAUCCUCGUGCCGUCGCACCGCCAGCAGCAGCGUAAAGGGGCAGCUGACGGCGGAGAAAUGUGUCAUGAAAAGUGGAAAGCAAUCCUCUUUAGUUCGGGAAGCCAGUUAGCCUUUCACAAAUGGAUUUAACGUCACUGGCCGAUGGACGAAGGCGGAACUCAAGCUCGAACACCGCGACGUCUUCCAUCGUUUGGGUACGAGUUCCCUCUUGUACGUCUGCCUGCCUCCUUGCCUCACGUCCUUUUUGCUUUCACAAUGGUCCCACCACAGGCGCAGCAGUGACAGAGGUACCGCGUCCAAUGGUAUACAGUACUGGCAAAGUUGGAGUCGACGCACCGCAGUGGCUGGGAGGAAACUCGGUCCCGACUGAGCUAAUUAUAGGGCCUUUAAGUGGCAUAUGAACGCACGCAUAUUUCGCACAGAACGCACAUACGCGGUGUCCUAGGCAUACGAUGAAUGGCGACUUUCAUUUGUGUGAAGCCACAUCGAUAACAUUACCGUUUAGUGAUGAUUAGAGGCCCUGUGGAGCGUAGAGGACGGCGCAGAGAACGAAACGGUGGAAGCGCCAGUUCUUUUAUUCUAGAUUUUUCGCUUAUUCCCUAUCCCAGUUUCUGCCGUGCGUCUGAUGCUCACGACGGUGAUUAUUGUUGCAGGUAGUUGAACAGCUCCAGAAUAUCGUCACGCGUCAUAUAUAUAGUGUUAGCGCUUUUUCGGACAGGUAUCAAGAAACCAACAUUUUUAGUGCACCAAUACCACGAGCACACACACGGAUUGUUUUUAUGGCGACGUCAAGGAAGGAAAAUUAUCAUUGCUAUAUAAAAUUCGUUUCAGCCACUGUGUAUAUUGGAGCUAAAUGAAACAGCACAGCUUAACUAGUACAUGCUGAUAAACUUGCUAAAACCAGCCAAAUCUGCUAUGCAUUGAAGCUUGUCCUUCCUGCAUCUGUUACUCGGAUAUACCGGUCGCACGCGAUUUUGCUGGAAUAUGCGAUUUUGCUGUUCCCUUCCACUAUGCCCCCGGUGCGUUCUUGAGCCUUCAGUUCCAUCAAUAGAAAAGCACUUUGCGUUACGUCACAACAAAAACAAUGGCAACGACGACGAAAGAACGACGAGGCUCGAUGAACA